CCGCAUUACAAGCCACCAGGCUAAGUCCUUCCGGGAUAAGAUUUCACCAUUAAGUUGUCACGUUUUGAAAAACAUAUUCGCAAUCUCCAGAUCGAUUAGUGUAUUGUGUGCUUGUGAGCCGGUUUCGUACAUAACGUCGAAUCAGCUAUUCCCAAGGUUCAUAUACUGGGCUCAGCGUUGGCUGUCAUAGUUGAAAGCUUUUCAAAUUUUCCCGCGACCAAACUACCCCUCACAUUUAGUCCGUGUGCUUCGCUUCCGCUUUUCGAGGUGCUGUUGAGAGGAAUACAACAUACCCUCAUCGUCUAUAAUGUCUAGGUAUCGGGACCUAUGAUAAGAAGUGGCUAUGACGGCCAACAGUAGUUCCGUAGCAGGGUGAAAGUAGCGGAUGAACGAACCGUGGUAGACUGCGUUUUUUCCUUCGCUCGGAAAGGAAACAUUUAUUGAUGAGACGGCCAUCAAUGUUGGCGAGGUCGUAUGGCAGAUUGUCGAACCCCAGUUAACCGAUGAUGACAACCUUUCGGUGACACGUUCGCGGGUGACAGAGCUACGAUCUGUUAUUACGAGAUAAGAACCGAGGAGGAAAUUCUACUUCUACUACCGAGGAGGAAUGUGGGCUGGCUGGCUGGGUAGCUGGAUGCCUGUUGGUUUAAGAGCACGCCAGCGAGCGGAUCGUUGUUAGUGUUGUUAUUAAAUCGUCGAAGUUUUCAGUCCUUGUCAUCGUGCUGGAUGCUGAGCAACAGAGGGGUGCUGCGGGAGCAGUUGUUCUCGUGGAGCUCCGGUGUGGAGUACAGUGGAACGGAGUGUCCUCGUCAAAGUGUGCCCUUUCGGAGCAGUAUCGUUGCUCCGGGGAAAUAAGGAUCUACUACUGUAAAAUCUGAUGAGAGUUAGACUUUGAUUUUGAUUUUAUUUUCGCCAGUUCGUUUGGCCUUUUUCUUUGGAUAUUAACAUGGUACGGCGCAAUAGUCGUGCUGUAGUACCCGAGAAGUUCUAAUAGUCCGUAUUCCUUGCGGAUAGACGAAUACAAGAAAACUAAGGAGCUACAAAACGAAACACAUCGUGAACAAACGGAACGCGAAAUCAUAACACAGGGAUUGCUGAUCAGUGUGCCUGAUCUGCCACAACUAGUAGCCCACGACGACAGUGACUAGCCACUGGCGAAGCAGAAUCUCCGAUUGAGUUUCUACUUUCAAGAGAACGUCCUUAGGAAUUCAUUUUCUCUACUAAUUUUUACGUUGAGAUGUUGUCUCUUGGUGGAAGUUAUCCUGGGGAAAAAGUUAAUUGUAACUGAACUUGAACCGCGUGCGAGCUCCGGUUGGUGAUGCAGUAGCAGCAGCAGCAGCAGCAGCAGCAGCGGCGGCGGCGGCGGCAAGACAGGAGGCUUCAUGUGCAGGUGCCCCGACACAUCGAUUCAACAAACUUCCGUUUGGUCCACAAUGGAUGGAACGAGUGCAUUAUGGAUGCGCUAACUAAAUCGGAGGGCGAAGCAGGGUCCAUAAGCGACCUAGGGCGUCGCUACACUCGAUGACAUUACAACACGUUGCUGUACAAGGUAUUCACCACGCACAACACCGAGGUAGCAAUGAAACUCACAUCGGCCCAGCCAAAAAUCUUGAAGGAAAUCGCAACGACGAACGGUCGCUCCCGCUAUCUUUUUCAGUAGACUUCUUAUGGUCGCCGUUGGAAGUAUACAUUAACGCCAAAUAUCUGCAGCAGAGCUCCGCUAACAGCCGUGACCGAGACGGAGGCUUCCGAGGACUUUAUCGGUAAUCCUGAACCUGAGCAAGAGGGCCUGUCUUCUGGCAACUGCUUGCGAUGGAUAUUAACAGCGCUCGGGUCGAGGAGCUCUCUUCGUUAACAACUGUUGGCCGCGAAUUGGCCGAAGCUAUCGUACGAGCGCGGACGGUAAAGCAGCAGUCGUUUCGAAGGUUGGAAGAUCUGAUUAGUGUCACCGGUAUUACAGAAGAUUUCAUUGAAGUCAACCGAGCUCAUCUCAUAUGCAGGACUCCGGCUGUUUCAGCGCUCUCAACGCGACCCUGUUCAUCCGAGUCAGCCUUGGCCCUUCUCGGGUCUGCGAAUACCAGUCCGCCAAUUUCUCACGGGACACGAGGCCAGGGUGAUCUCUUGAAGGGCAAUAGUCCUGAUGGUGACGAGGUCACCUCGUUAGCAUCCUCUGUGGAUCGGCUGCUUACCUCCCGGAUAGCCAGCGAUGAUGACUCUCAACGUGAAGACCGUUCGGUACCCGGCGAUCAUAUUCAAACAGCAUCGCAACACAAAAAUCACAGGCUUCCAUCAACAACGGCAGCAAUGGAAGAUGCAGACAGCUCGAGCAACAAGCCAUCUACAUCACUGUCAUCGCCCUCAUGUCUAUCGUCAAAUUUGCCCUCGGGCGGAGGAGCAGCGGCGUUCUCAAACUCCGGCACAGCCCACGUCUAUACGUGUCGUAGUACGAUUACUAGUAGUGCAAAUAGUAACCACACGAUUAGCAACAGUACAGAACUGUCACCGCUGCAGCCCGUGCAGCAGCAGGGGUCAGCUGACGAUAGCUCAAAUGGCACAAUUCUUCCCCCGCCAAAAAGAAAAAGCGACAAUCUCGCCAUUCAACAGGCUCAUCCACCAGCCAGCAAGAAAGUCUGUGUUGUGAGAGGACGCGAACUCGAAACAUGGUUGAAUCAAUUUGAUUCCUGGUCCCACGGCGAACGGUUAAACGCCCUGGAUUGCCUCAUGGCAUCUUGCACCGCGUCACAGGUUCGUCACGUCAUGCGUGUGAUUGAGCCACAGUUUCAACGUGAUUUUAUCUCUCUGUUACCACGAGAGUUAGCGUUGCACGUUUUAGGGUUUCUGGAGCCUCGGGACCUUCUACGGGCCGCACAGACCUGUCAUGCAUGGCGGGUUCUAGCCGAGGACAACAUACUUUGGCGAGCGAAAUGUCGCGAACAGGGGAUCGAAUCUCUACCACAAGGCAUUCCCGUAAGCGAAUAA